AUGGAAGCGGCGGAAGCACAACCGUCGGAGGAAAAGAAGGGCUUGAAAACGGUCUGGAACAGAGUCAAGGAUUUCUUUAGAGAAAAACCUACUGCCACACAAAUCUCUUCAUCUGCCACUACUACACCACCUGUUCCCGCUGCUGCUAUCGCUCCCCAGAGGGAAGGAGCUGCAGAUACACUCAGACCGUCAGUGCCAUCAAAUCCCCCAAAGACGUCGUCACUAAACCUUCACAGAGAACCCCCCACCGAGCAUUCGCCUGAAUUGGAAGUCGACGAUACAUCGGAGGAGCCCGCACAGCCUAACGAACCUGACUUGACAUCGCCACAAGAACCUGUCGAUGCCAAGAAGGACACCACAGCCGAGUCACACAUGCGGUUCACUAAAGCACAAGCAAUCUUUGCCAGGCACAACCUGGAACUGGACGAGGCAGAAUGGGAACCGAGAUACAGAGGAACCCCAGAAAGAGUGUACAAGAACAUACGAAUGAGAGUCAGGUACACCUGUCACAAUUGUUCCACGACAUUUGGUCGCGAUAGAAUCUGCGUGGGAUGUCAACAUCGGCGUUGUACUCGAUGCUCACGGUACCCGCCAAAGAAAGACCGGACGAAAUACUCGCAAGACCCAACAACAACUGGCCCUGCCGAACUCGUAAAUGAGGCUCCCCGGCCAAGUGCUGAGGGUGGAACGUGCCAUGAAUGUCGAAGUGGUUUUGAGGUCGAUGCUGAAGAAUGCCCCAACUGCCAUCACAAGAUCUGCGAGAGAUGUGUGCACGAAGCCACCAUUACUGUUGAACCAGGUCAUGGAGCCGCCCAGGAAGCAAGCCAGGAAGCUUCAGAGGUCGAACAACCCCAACAGAGGAAUCCCGCUCAACAAGAGUCAUCCGCUGUCAGCUAG